CAAGCUCAAACGUCGCCGAUUCCUCCACUCCACGACGCUCGCGUCCUCGACUCCCACCAUCCCCAUCCCACGCGGGCAGGCCCGACAUUGCACCCACGUCGACACGCCGCUACUCUCUUGUUCUGCUACACGAGCACGAGCAACCUCUCUAGUAUCGCACCUCACGUUGGCUCCCGUUGGUUGCGCGACAAGAGCUCUUCUUCAUGAUAGCUGCCGGCAUCGCCACCACCGCCCGCCAACCAUGAGGCCACGAGCCAUGGCAUCGCCGGCAGCGGCAUGGCGCCUUCUGCUCGCAGUCUCCAUCCUGUGGGCGGCGCUGGCCCUCGCCAAGGAUGCCCCCGACAUGACCGUCAACACCUUUGACCACCCGCCCCUCUACCUGAGCUACUUUGAGGACAGCGACUCCGUCGUAUUCCAUGACGUCGAGGAGGGCAACGUCUACCGAUCCAAAGAUGCCGGCGUCAAGUGGGAGCGCGUCACUGCUGUGCCCGAGGGCAAGUCGCUCUUCCUCGUCAUGCAUCAAUUCGACCCCAAGACGGCCUUCAUCAUGACCGCCAGCGAGACGCACUUCAAGACCGAGGAUCGGGGCGAGACCUGGACCAAGUUUCAGACCGGCGCCCUCCCCAGCAAGUUCCAGCCCGAGACCCUCGUCUUCCACGCCGGAGACCCGAACCGUAUAAUAUUCAAUGCCAUGAACUGCGAGGACAUCUUCUGCGAGGAGCGGGCCAUGUACACCAUCGAUGGCUUCAAGACCACCAAGGUACUGCGCCCCUUCACCGCCGGGUGCUGGUGGACCAAGUCGUCCAGGGAAUUCACAACGGGCGAUGCCGACCUUGACAAGUCGCGCAUCCUCUGCGUCGUCAGGGACCGCCUGUCCUUUUACAAAACCGACCAGCGGCUGCUCGUCUCGGAUUCCUUCUUCGCUGCCAAGGAUGGCGCCAAGAACCAAUUCGACGAAUUCGAACCCAAUGUCGACACGAACAAAGGUGUCCCCGGCGUCCUCAACGUGGCGGUCGUGAAGAAGUACCUCAUGGUCGCCACGUCCGCGGCGCGAACCGACGAGAUGGCGCUCUUCGUUACCGACGACACUCUCAGGUGGCACCGCGCCAUGUUCCCCAAGGACGAAAGCCACGAUCACUCCCAUCGCAUCAAUCAAGAGGCUUACACGGUGCUCGAAGGAACAAACUACAGCAUCCAGAUCGACGUAAUGACUUCGCACCCGUCCAACCCGAUGGGUGUCCUCUUCACCAGCAACUCCAACGGCACUUACUUCACCGAGAACAUCCCAUACACGAACCGCAAUCGCAAGGGUCACGUCGACUUCGAGAAGAUUUCUGGCAUCCAGGGCGUGUUCCUGGUCAAUACUGUUGAAAACGGCGCCGAAGUCCAGAAGAAGGGAAGAGCCAAGGAAAAGGUCAUCGUUUCUCAAAUCACCUUUGACGAUGGCAGGACCUUCCACAAAAUCAAGGCCGGCGAUGCCCGCUUGCAUCUUCACUCCGUCACGGAGCUUGACAAUGUUGGGCGCGUCUUCUCGAGCCCCGCCCCAGGCCUGGUCAUGGGCAAUGGCAAUACGGGAGACUCUCUGGGCAAGUUCCUCGACGCCAACCUUUUCGUCUCGGACAAUGCCGGCUUGACCUGGAAGAAGGCCCUCGAUGGCCCCCACAAGUACGAAUUCGGCGAUUCUGGCUCCGUACUUGUUGCUGUCAAGGACUCGAGUAAGGAGGAUGUCAAGGAGUUUUCGUAUUCUCUGGACCACGGCGAGAACUGGAAACAGGUUGCCUUGCCCAACGAUCUCACUUUCAAGCCCGACCUGUUGACGACGACCCAAGACUCAACGAGCCUCAAGUUCAUAUUGUUGGGCGAGAAGAAGAGGACUUACCACAUGGUUGCCAUCAACUUCGACGGGCUCCACGAACGCACCUGUGGUGACGGGGACAUGGAGGACUGGCACGCGCGGGUGGAUGGCGACGGAAAACCCACUUGCAUCAUGGGUCACAAGCAGACGUAUCGCCGCCGCAAGAAGACCGCUGACUGCUUCGUCAAGAACGAAUUCAAGGACCCUGUUGCGAAGAGCGAGAAGUGUGAAUGCUCCGAUGCCGACUUUGAGUGCGAUUACAAUUUCCAGAGAGACGAAGACGGCAAGACGUGCAAGCAAAUCGGGCCCAUCCCCAGGCCUGAAGGUGCGUGCAAGGACAAUCCCGACGGAACGUUCCAGGGCUCCAGCGGUUGGCGGCUCAUACCUGGAAACACGUGCAACAGGCCGAGUGGAAAGCAAAAGGACGACACCGUGGAAAGGAAAUGCUCCGAGGGCGGAUCCAAACCUCUACCUCCGACGACCGACAAGGUUUCAAGCACCAAGGUCGAAUUCGACAACAGGCUCAAAGACUUUCAAAAAAUCUACUUGGAGAGGGGCGAGUCGAGUUCUUCGACUGAUGAGACACUCAUCGUCAGGCCCGUCGAGCAUGUCGGCGAUGGCAUGAUGAAGACUGAGCCCAAGCUGUGGAUCUCUCAUGACCAUGGCAAAAAGUUUACUCGCAUCCUGAAGGACGAAGACGUUAAGGGCAUCUAUCCACACCUGUACUUCAAAGACGUGGUCUACUUCACGACCCCCGGCCAUAACGUGCUGUAUACCGUCGAUCGCGGAGAAAGCUUCCACAAAUUCAGGGCGCCCACGAUACCGGAUCAUUCCGAGUUUCCCCUCAGUUUCCAUCCGGACAAGAAGGAUUGGCUGAUUUGGGUGGGCAAGAAGUGCGAGGAGGUGGGCAAGGACAAGACGUGCUUCAAGGAGGCAUCCAUUUCGACGGACCGCGGCGACAAUUGGAGAACCCUUCGGCGGUACGCGGAGAAGUGCGAGUUUACAGGGCAUUCAGCGUACAAGUUUCGCGAGCUGAAACAGAUUGUUUGCCUCGUGCGCAAGGAGGAGAAGAACGAAGGGCCGAUGACGAUUGUUUCCAGCGACGACUUCUUCGAGGAAGACAAGACUACGCACAAAGGCGAGGUCAUCAACUUUGCAACCAUGAGCGAGUUCAUCGUGCUGGCCGGCAAGGAUGACAAGUCGGACAGCCUGUAUCCCCUCGCCAGCCUUGACGGCAAGACAUACCCCAGAGCCCACUAUCCGCACAACUUCCGGGAGGGCCAUCAGAACGAGUACACGCUGCUCGACAGUUCAACGCAUGCCAUCAACCUGUUUGUCCGAACCGAAGGUGGGCCGGACCGUCAGUACGGGUCCAUCAUCAAGAGCAACUCGGACGGCACCAGCUACGUCCUCAGCGCCGCCAAUGUCAACUGCAAUGAGGAUACGUAUGUCGACUUUGAGAAGAUAUCGGGCCUCGAGGGCGUCACGUUGAUCAACGUUGUCACCAACACGGAUAAAAAGGAGAAGACGAAGACGCUCCAGACCAAGAUUUCGCACAACGAUGGCUCGGAAUGGGGCUACCUGGCGCCGCCAGGCAAGGAUGCGGAUGGGAAGUCAUACUCGUGCAGCAGCUCCAAGGGAGACAGUUCCUGUGCGUUGCAUCUCCACCACUACACGGAGCGAGAGGACAAGCGCCGGACGUUUUCGGCGGCCACGGCCAUUGGGCUCUUGUUCGGCAUUGGUAAUGUGGGCUCGAGCCUGAGCGACAUCAAGGAUGCGGACACCUUCAUGUCGAGGGAUGGGGGCGUCUCGUGGACGAGCGUCAAGAAGGGCCACUGGACAUGGCGAUAUGGCGACCAAGGCUCCAUCAUUGUCCUGGCUCAAAGGGCAACCCAUGCCAGUCCUGCCAAAACCAAGAUUGUGUCGUACUCGCUCGACGAAGGCAAGACAUGGAAGGAUUACGCGUUUACAGACGAAGAGGUGACGAUCCUGGACAUCUCGACUCUGGACUCGGGCACCUCGCGCAACUUCCUCGUGUGGUGCAAGUCGGGCAGUGGAAAGACUUUCUCGGUGAACCUCGAUUUCACGGGUCUAGCCAACAAGGCGUGCGAGUUCAAGAAGGACUCGGAGGCCGGCUCGGACUACUAUCUCUGGUCGCCUAAGCACCCGCUCCAGGACGACGACUGUCUCUUCGGACAUGUGGCGAGAUACCUGCGCAAGAAGGCGGAUCGCAAGUGCUACAAUGAGCAGAGCAUCCAGCGGCUGUACGACCACAAAGACUGCCAAUGCAGCCGCCGAGACUACGAAUGUGCGUACAACUAUGAACUUGACAACCACGGGCAGUGCAAGCUGGUGAGAGGUCUGGAGCCCAUGUCAGGCAAGGAGUGGUGCACCAAGCACCCCAACGAAACGUCAUGGUUCGAGCCGACGGGCUACCGCAGGGUGCCAUUGUCGACGUGCCAGGGCGGCAACGAGCUCGACAAGACGUCGACGGAGCACCCCUGCGAGGGCUACGAGGAUGAGUUUGAGAAGAAGCACCGCACGUCUGGGGUGGCCAUCUUCUUUGCCGUGGUGGUGCCGUUUGCCCUGGCCGGGGCCGUGGGCUGGUGGGUGUACCGUAACUGGGAUGGCAAGUUUGGACAGAUACGGCUCGGCGACCAGUCUUCGACGUUUGACAGCGACCGACCGUGGGUCAAGUAUCCCGUCAUCGCCGUGUCGGCGGUGGCGGCGGUGGCGGCGGCGCUGCCGCUGAUUGCGGCGAGCCUCUGGCGAUCGGCAGCCGGAUCGUAUAACAGAGUAAGAGGAGGAGGAGGAGGAGGAGGGCGUGACACAAGCUGGUUCUCGAGCGGCCCACGGAGGUUCACGACCCGGGACAGCUUCGCGCGGGGGCGCGGCGACUACGCGGUCGUCGAUGACGUCGAGGGCGAGCUGUUGGGCGAUGAGAGCGACGAGGAGAUAUGAUGACGAUAUUGUUUUUACAGGCGCAGCAUGUCAGGAACAGGAAAAAAUAGGCCCGUUGGAUGCCGGCAUUGGUAGCUUCUGAAUGUUGUUGGUCCUUGAGGGAGGAGUGGAUUAGCAAACUGCCGGCCCAGCGCGCGACCUCAUGCGGAUCGGAUCACUCACUGUUGAGCGAUGACAUAAGAGUCUAUUAAGCUGUCAUGGAAACCACGGUGCGUGAGACGGCGGUGGCGAUGAUGGCCUUUAGUCGGGCGCAGUCUGUCGGAGGAGCGACGGAGCAAGGGCCAUGUCUCGGUCAAAGUAUUGAAACAGGCCUAUCCAUCCAUCAGUCAGUCUUGCUCUCCGAGGGCCCAGAUUUACGUGUAAGAAACGUAACAUACGCCGCUCGCAACGCCCGACUAAAGUAACCCGAGUGUAUGCCUUGGUAAUGAAUGAGUCUUUUCGGAUGGAUGUUGGCUGAAUCGACAAGGGUACGAAUGGGCAAUAUGUCUAUAUA